AUGGCGCGCAGAAAGAGCAAGAAGAGCAAGGACGCCAAGUACCAAAUGCUGGUCAAGCCAAACACAAAACCGCGCACACCAACCAGUCCACUCGGCGAUCUUCACGACUCUCCUGGAGAACUACGAAACCGCAUCUACCGCUACAUCGACAGCAGCCCAAUGCUGAAGAUCGCAUUGCCCGGCAUCGACUACAGCAAUCCCUCGACCUCCAGAAUCCGCUACCUCUUCUUCACCGACCCCGAGACGCGCAGAUACUACAAAAAUGCGCGUAACCUCCUCCGCCUCAGCAACGCCCUCCGCGAAGAGUAUGGCUCCUUCAUCCUGCGAGCAGACCAGACCUUCUACCAGAAGGUCAAGCUCGACCGCUACGUGAUCACCAUGCCCCCGCCGUUCCCGAUCUCGGCUCACAUCAAUCGACUGUACAUUCGCGCCACCAUGGAUACAUUUGGGUACAGCGAGGCCGUGCUGGAGCAGCUAAAUCGCGUGCUGGACGCCGCACCCAGUGUCUCGCGCUUGUCGAUGCACAUUUGCAUCACUUCGUUGCAAUGGCCCGACCAGAAUAUGUACGAAAAGAUGUACAUCUUUCGCGCUGCGACUGUCGAUCGUAUGCCAAAUCUGCUGGAGUAUGCAAUCAUGUUGGAAGGGAAUCAGCUUAACGGGGUGUGGUACAAGCGAGACUCCACCGCCGACCCAUGGCCGAAGCAGCCACUCUUCAAGAACUGGGACCUCACAUCCAUGAUAAUGCCACCACACACCCCGAGAACUACAGACGGGUCGUACUACGAGCGCAAACGAUUUCGGGGCGGGCUUCAAGAAGAUUUGGCGGCGACAUGGGCCGUGGCAGAGUACCACCCUCGCACAAUGUCGGUAAACAAACGCCGCGAAUACGACAAAAUCCUUGAGGAACUGCAGAGUUUGUUGAUCUCCAGUGGACAAGAGUUUACGGUGGGCGGGGCUGGAGUCUGGAAAGCGAAAGAGCUCCAUGAGUUUAGGAAGGCUCAUUAUGAUUGGGUUUCUUGA